UGAACUCUCCACUUUCCGCCAUUGCUGGAUACAAAAAUGAAGAUCGGUGAACCACGCCCGGAACAAACCGCUACAGUAGAGGCAAUUGUUCGUGAACUAAAAAAUCUAGAUGAAAACGCUUUCCCAGCUUUGCACGCGCUUGCCGAGAAUGAGCUGUUCAGACUCCGCGGUGGGAUUGCUGAUUCGAUCGACAUCGUUUCCAAUCGCCAGGUCAAGAUAAGGGCGAGGGUAGAAAUUCCAAGUUCCCAGUAUCCAAAUAUUAAUUUCGUUGGGAAGCUCCUUGGUCCAGGUGGCCAGACACUCAGGGCGGCUCAAGAGAACACGAAGACUAAAAUGGCCAUAUUAGGUGCGGGCUCGUUACGCGAUGAUUCGAAGGAGCGUGAACUGUUGUCCAGCGGUGAUCCUAAGUACCAGCAUCUAAAGCAGAAGCUACACCUGCAGGUUGAUAGCCUCGCUCCUCCAGCGGAGGCUUAUUAUCGAUUAUCGCACGCUCUUGCAGAGCUCCGCAAAAUCAUGCUGCCGGAGACAAGUGAAUUUCCACCACCACCUUGGGUACCACAAGGUUCGCCCUCGAUGGCAUCUCCAAUGGGAGUUGGCCGAAUGCGGGACGGAAGGUCGCCGAACCCUCGUGGGCCCUUCCACGUACCCCCACCCAGUUCACCUUUUCGGGGUCGAGGGAAGCCUUGGAUUAAUCGUACACCAACGUCUAACGGCAACCCGAUUAUGACAACACCGACGAGCGUUGCACCGGAUGCUUACAACAAUGGUGCCGUCCAACCUGUUUACCCCAACAUGACCAUGUAUGAACAACAGUCGUACCCGACGACGAAUGUGUACGAAGAGUUCGGCGCAACGUACGGACAAGACGACUCUUGGGGAAAAGUUGGUGUAACUGAUGGCCGUGGUCGUGGUCGAGCCCAUCCGUACGCCCGCCCCGGAAUGAAAAUCGAUGAAACGCAAUAGUCGCGGGUAUAUAACCAAAAAAGACUACCAAUCAUCUACAUCCAUUGUCGAGAUAAUUCAGUUAACACAGCCAAACUGAAGCCAGACCUGCAUUUGUGUACGCCUCUAUGAAUCAGUCACCUAUUAAUCGGAUAAAAUUUGCAUAACAUUUCCAACCGCUUCUUUGUAGUAAUGUCUGGGUUGAGUCUGUUUUUGUUGCCGUUAAAUACAUCAAUAUCUAAAUAAUUGUUAAUGCGAUCUUUUCC